AUGAACACUUGCGACUCUUCGCGGAAAUCAUAAGACCCAUCAUGGGUUCCUGUGGCUCCCGUAGCUCUGCAUUUUGAAACAAUAUUUCGGUCCUAUAUUCACCUAUGAGAUGGCUGUAGAAACCAUCGCGCCUGACUGGGAAUUUGACCGUUUUGACGACGGCUCGCAGAAAAUACACACAGAAGUUCAACUGAAGAAAUAUGCCAAGUUUCUGGAGGAGUACACAUCACAGCUGAGGGGCAUUGAGGAGGCUCUUGAUGACUCCAUUGGAGAUGUUUGGGACUUUACUCUGGACCCCAUCGCCCUCAAACUCCUCCCACAUGAACAGUCGUCAUUGUUGGAGUUAAUUAAAACAGACAAUAAGGUUUUGAACAAAGUGAUCACCGUAUAUGCUGCACUGUGUAGUGAAGUGAAGACGCUCAAGUAUGAGGCAGAAAACAAGUUUUACAAUGGCUUAUUGUACUAUGGAGAGGGAGUCUCAGACUCCAGCGUUGUUGAAGGGGAGUCCCAAAUUCAAAUGGGCCGAAUCAUCUCCUUUUUACAGGAACUGUCCUGCUUUGUGUCAAGAUGUUAUGAAGUGGUGGUCAACAUUGUUCAUCAGCUGGCAGCCCUGUACAACAGCAACAAGGGUGCAACAAACAUUAUUGAUUCAUCAGGUGUCCAUUUCCAGAUAGUGUAUGAGCAUCUUGGUGAUUUGUUAGUGGUUCUACUCACGCUUGAUGAAAUCAUGGAAAAUCAUGGCACGCUCAAAGAUCACUGGAAGAUGUACAAAAGGUUAUUGAAGUCUGUUCACCAUAAUCCUGGGAAAUUUUCAAUUGCUAAGGAGAAACUGAAACCAUUUGAGAAGCUCUUGCUCAAACUGGAGGGACAGCUGCUGAAUGGCAUGAUACUGCAGGCGUGUGUGGACCAAAGAUUUGAUGAUGCUGGGCAAGGAGUAGCUGUUGCCAAAAACACCACCUUUGCUGAGGAGUUUGCUUUCAACAUAAGAACCAUAUUCUCAAAUGUGGAAUCUAAGAUUGGCGAACCGUCAGAGAUUGACCAGAGAGAUAAAUAUUCUGCUGUUUGUGCUCUUUUUGUUCUUCACUUUCAUAUCUUUCGGAGUGUGGACAAAAAACUCUACAAAGCACUACUGGAUGUCUGUAAAAAGGUUCCAGCCGUCACUCUGACUGCUAACAUCAUCUGGCUUCCUGACUCAUUCCUGCUUGCUAAAGUUCCUGCUGCAGCCAAACUGAUGGACAAGAAGAGCAUUCUGGCCAUCAGAGCACACCGAGACACGUUCCUGCAGCAGAGAGCUCAGACGCUCACAAAGGAUGUUCAGUCAUAUUAUGUGUUUGUAACAUCAUGGAUGAUGAAGAUGGAGUCCAUUUUGUGCAAGGAGAAAAAAAGUGACAAAAUGGCUGAAGACCUCAACAGCAGAUGUAAUGUUUUUGUUCAGGGUGUUCUGUAUGCUUACAGCAUAAGUACCAUUAUCAAGACCACCAUGAACAUGUACAUGUCCAUGCAGCGGCCCAUGACCAAAACGUCUGUCAAAGCUCUGUGUCGACUGGUAGAGUUGUUAAAGGCUGUGGAGCACACAUUCCACAGACAGUCUAUGGUCGUUGCAGAUUCUGUGGCUCACAUCACUCAGCAACUGCAGUCACAAGCCCUCAAUGCCAUCUGUAAUGCGAAGAAAAGAGUAAUAUCUGACAAGAAGUACAGUGAGCAGCGUCUGGAUGUGCUCUCCUCCUUGGUGCUGGCUGAAAAUGUCCUCAGUGGACCCAGCACGAAGGACCGACGCCAUGUUGUCUCUUUGGCUCUCUGUGUUGGAACUCAGCUGAAAACGUUCAAAGAUGAUGAGUUACUUCCACUGCAGCUUGUUUUGAAGAAGCUGGACCUGAUAAGUGAACUAAGUGAGAGGGUCAAGCUUCAGUGCGACUGCAGCUUCCUUUAUUGGCACCGAGCAGUGUUUCCUAUCUACUUAGAUGAUGUUUAUGAAAAUGCAGUGGAUGCAGCACGGAUACACUACAUGUUUAGCGCCCUGAGGGACUGUGUGCCCUCCAUGCUGCAAACCAAACACAUGGAGUCCUGCGACCAGCUGCUGGAGAGCUACGACAAGGAGAUCAUGGAUGUUUUCAAUGAGCACCUACUGGACAAACUGUGUAAGGAGAUCGAGAAAGACUUGCGUCUCUCCGUUCACACACACCUGAAGCUGGACGACAGGAACCCUUUUAAAGUCGGCAUGAAGGACUUGGCCCACUUCUUCUCCCUCAAACCUAUCAGAUUCUUCAACCGCUUUAUUCAUAUCAAAGCCUACGUGACUCACUACCUGGAUAAAACAUUCUACAACCUAACCACUGUGGCUCUUCAUGACUGGGCCACUUACAGUGAGAUGAGAAACCUCGCAACACAGCGUUACGGGCUGAUAAUGACCGAAGCGCACUUGCCAAGCCAGACUCUUGAGCAGGGUUUGGAUGUGUUGGAGAUCAUGAGGAACAUCCAUGUCUUUGUCUCACGCUACCUCUACAACCUCAACAACCAGAUCUUCAUAGAGAAAGCAAGUAACAACAAGCACUUGAACACCAUCAACAUCCGACACAUUGCCAACUCCAUCCGCACCCACGGCACAGGCAUCAUGAACACCACAGUGAACUUCACCUACCAGUUCCUGCGGAAGAAGUUUUACAUCUUCAGUCAGUUUAUGUACGACGAGCACAUUAAAUCCAGACUCAUCAAAGACAUUCGCUUCUUCCGAGAAACAAAAGACCAGUCCGACCAAAAGUAUCCGUUUGAGCGCGCUGAGAAGUUUAAUCGAGGCAUCAGGAAGCUGGGCAUCACUCCUGAUGGACAGAGUUAUCUGGACCAGUUCAGACAGCUCAUCAGUCAGAUUGGCAAUGCCAUGGGUUACGUGCGCAUGAUCCGCUCUGGAGGACUCCACUGCUGCAGCAGUGCCAUUAGGUUUGUCCCUGACUUGGAGGAUAUUGUCAACUUUGAGGAGCUGGUUAAAGAGGAGGGACUGUCAGAGGAAACGCAGAAAGCCGCCGGAGUGCUGGAUUCAGUGCUGGAAGAUCUGACCAGCAACUCCGCCGAGGGGACGGAAUACUUUAAGAUGCUUGUGGCGGUGUUUGCACCUGAGUUUCGAAGUGCAAAGAAUAUGCACCUGAGGAACUUCUACAUGAUUGUGCCCCCACUGGCGGUAAAUUUCGUGGAACAUUCCAUCAACUGCAAAGAGAAGCUGAACAAGAAGAACAAGACUGGAGCUGCUUUCACCGAUGAUGGCUUUGCUAUGGGUGUGGCGUACAUUCUGAAGCUGCUGGACCAAUACCUGGAGUUUGACUCGCUGCACUGGUUCCAGUCGGUUCGAGAAAAGUACAAGAAGGAGAUGAACGCCGUGGUGAAGGAGCAACACGUGCACUCUGCCAGCCAGGAUCAGAAGUUGCUACAAACGAUGAACCUCACUCAGAAAAGACUGGAUCUUUAUCUUCAGGAGUUUGAGCUGCUUCACUUUUCCUUAAGCAGCGCUCGGAUUUUUUUCCGAGCGGACAAGACCGCAGCUGAGGAGACUCAGGAAAAGAAAGAUAAAGAAGAUGCGUCUAAAAACGGAAGUUCUUCUGACGGCUCCAACUCUGCAUCAAAAUGAGGCGUCAGCAGCAAUAGCAGGCACACUUCUAACAACGUGUGCGACGUGUCAGACUGAAAACUGGACUGGAGAGGCGGAGAAAGAUGGACACAUUUGGCGGAUGGUGGUUUUUAAUGUCCAACACUAAGUGAUUUCAUCCAAGAAUGUGUACUAAUUAAGACCUCCUGCACUAAGUGUCUUUACCAUUUUUCAGAUUGUAGCACAAACAAAAUGGCUUAUUUGUCUUGGCAGGCGGUCUUGUGAGACAUAAAUACUAUUUGUGUUUAGACUGCAGUGCUCAAAGACAUCUUUGUCAUAACAUGAUUGUAGCGCUGAUCUUGCCGCCUCUGUACGAAUGUUUGUGUAACGCUCAUUUUACCACCUUGUGUCAUUUAAUGUGUACGUGCCUUUCUAAACCGUAGCGGCGUUUGACUUUAGAUGGCCUGAUUAACGUAAAUAUGAUACAUCUAAAGAUGUCCUUUUUCACAGCACUGAUACAGGAGUACAUUUAAAAAAAAAUUGGAAAAAACUUUUCUUAAUUUUAUAUCUUAUUGAUGCGAUAAGCUUGACAUUCCAUGAGAUGCAUCUUUGAAAAUGAAUAAAACUUGCACAUUUAAAGAA